AUGCCCAUCGGCUUGGAGCCAGGCCAGGGGCUGCGGCGGGCGGCGGGGGCCGGGGGCGGCGUGCCGGCCUCGCCAGACACACCCCCGCCCAGCGCGGCGGGGCAGCGGGGCGCCCCGGCCGGCCUCCCCCCUUCGCCUGCCCGCCCUCCCCUCCCUCCCUCCCGCCCCGUCGCCAGCUGCGGCGCGGCCGGGCGCCACUCACCUGCCGCCGCUGCCUGGGUGACAGCCGCCUCCCCCCCCGCCGGGGCUGAGGCCGCGGAGCUCAACGGGCAACGCGACAGCGACUCCCCCGGCCAGGCGGCGGGGGCGGCCCCGGGGGGCUGCCGGCUCGCAGCAGCCCCCGCCGCGAUCGCGGUGACCGGAGCGGUGGAGGCGGCGGGCGCUGCUGGGGGCCCCGGUUCCCGCUGCGGGGCUCCCGGGCACCCGGGGCCCCUUGCCUGGGCGGCGCGGCGCGGCUGCGGGGCUCCGGCUCGCUCGCCGCUCUCCCUCCCGACGGGACGGGGCGGAGCUGGGCACGGAGGACGAGGGGGGCGGUGUCGGAGGAGGCCGCCGCGGCCCGGCCCGGAUCCCUCCUCCUCCCUCAGUCGCUACCCGCCGCCAUCUUCCCUACCCCCCUUCCCCGCGGCCUCUCGCCGCGCCGCGGCCCGGGCGGCGGCAACGCGGGGUGGAGGCGUUGGGGAAACCGCGGCCCCUCCGCCGCCGCCCCCCGGGAAGGGGCAGGGGGAGGCGGGCGCCAUCUUGGUGGCAGAGGGGGCAGCCGGGGCCUGCCCGCCGCGGUCUGGGGGCUCUGACAGCACCGAGCCGGGGGGGGGGAUGGCUUGCCUCGCCUCGCUGGCCCGGGACCCCUAUGGCGCCAUCGCCCACGUCCCUACAGUGGCCUCAGCACUUCCCAGGCCGGGGCACGGUGCGGCCUCUCUGGGCUGCCCUGGCUGUCAGGCUGGGCUCAACCUUCCCGACCUGUCCCCCAAGAAACCUGCGUCUUUCUCGGGGUCCACACGGUUACCUCUGAGGUUCUCUGCUUCCCAGAAAAAGCCCAUGAAAGCUGGAUUUCAUAACUGCCUCCUCCUUAUCUCUGGAGCACCUGUGAAGGGGAUGGGCAGGACAAGGCUGAGUUAACCCUUCGGCAGGUCACCAGGAUUGCAGCACAUGUCUACCUGCACGGAGCCUCUCUACCUGCAGGCAGCCAGAGGACUCAGAGGAGGAGGGUCUCCCCAGAGGGUAAAACAUUACUCUCAGCUCCUAUGACAGCUAAAAGCCAGCACGUGGAAGAAUUGAGACCUGAGGAUGAACAUCCCCUGUCCUCCAGCUCAUCCAGAGAUGAGACAGAGCCCUAGACACAAGCACUUUGGCACCUGAAGGUACUACCUGGACACUACGUGGUGCUUCCGAGUCUGAAAUCACCUUUGCUUUAAAUUUUUUCCACCUUCUAAGGUCUCAGGCGCAGGUGUGCUGCGUUGUUGUUGCAGCAUUGCACCACCAUUUCCUGUACGACAGUCUUUUUGUGUUCAAGACCACCAAAAGAUACAAGGGUUUGGUUUUAUGUGCAGCAGAGGAUGCAUUUCGCUUAAAAAAAAAAAAAAAAAAAGGCAGCUCUGAGCCAAGAGCAGGAUGCUUUUAACACACCGAUUUAACACCUUUUCCAAACCUCUUACUUUUACAACUUUGCAAACACUCUUUAGCUGAAAUUAACGCACCGCUCCAUUAAGGUUAAUUAGUUAUUUCGCAUUCAGACACCUACUUAGCCCAUGCUGGUUCAUGCAAGCACCUUGGCCUAGCUGCAGACCGCGGGGGCUCGGAGGAGAGCGGCAGCAUGCCUGGGAGAAAAUCCUUCCCCAGGAUGGUUGUUGGAGGCAGCGCCUGCUCCCAGCACCACUCGGGGAAGCCUUAAUGAAAAGCAGCUCAUCAGCAGUUACGUAACCUAAUGAUAAUCCGGCUCAGGCCGGGCAAUACUUAAAGCCACAGCGUCUCUCUACCGUGACCUAUUUUACGCUGGAUGCAAGGGCAAAAGUAUGUGGUUUGUAACUUUGCUGGGUCUUUUACCGCGGAGUUAUUGCCUGUCAGUAGAAAAGCCCCCUGUGCACGUUUCUUCUGUUUUCCUGGCUGCACAGCAACUGCUUCGGAUUUGUCAGUGGCUUUUUAUGGUAUCGGCUCCAAGCACAGGCACAGCAGAGAGCAAAUUGUAAACAAUUAGAAGGAAAACACUUAAUGUCCUGCAGGAAACUCAGCAUACUUUAAUUUCAGCUUGAGAAGCUGCAGAGGGUCCGGGGGUAUGUUGCAAAGCACUUUUAGUGCCAUGUUGAACCACACAGAACGCUUUUGUGUUUUUAUUAGACCUCAGAGAACAAAAACGUAUGCUUUUGCAUUCCAGGGUCAUAUUUACAUUUGAUUUAAGAAAUUCAUUAAGAUGGCACUGGCAUCACUUGAGCUUGUCCGACUGGCCAGCCCCCUGGAAUAAUUUUUUUACCUCUCAAUCUACAGAAGUAUCAACAAGAGAUUAAAGGCAGAGAUGUUGAUUCAGAUCUCAGCAUUUAAUCUGACCACAGAUGGUGUCAAAAGAGGGACAGCCAUACAAAAUAGCAACAGAUUUUUUUUCCUAAACAAUUGCUUUUUUGUCUAAUAAAGAUAGAGAACAAGCGGCCAAAUUUAAAAUACAGAGGAAACGCAUCUUCCUACAGUUCCUCUCCUAGAGAGCUUUGAAGCAUUAUUAAUGGGCUGAUUUCUGUUAAUGAUUAAUAAUGUGUUUAUAUUUAUGUACUUAACUAGUUAUUAUUGUUACUAUUAAUUCCUAUCUUUCAUAGGAUAAAUAUUCCAUUCCUCAUGACACUGGGCGAGUAAAUGACACAGCUGGUUGCAAAAAGGAGGUUGUAGCGUGCUAAUUGUAAGAAAUACUACCUGAUACAUGUAGGUGUGCUCAUUUUGGAUGACACUUAUGCUUACACAGAACCCUGUUGUUUUCCAGUCAGUGAUACCAAAGCCUUAUAUUUACUACCACAAGGAAUACCAGGCUUUGCAAAAAGGUACUGCCAGGCAUGGUACUUGGUGCCGAUGGAUUCCUAGAGCAGAUCAUGUGGCUCUGCUGAUCUCUUUUGGUUGAAAAAGGUGCUCGAGCUAAUUCAAAGUGUUUUUAAAAGCUGAUUUUUAAUGCCCAUCAUUAGACAGCUUAAGGUGAGAAAUUAAAUUACUUUUAAAAAGAUUUACAAAGCUUCAUGUUGGUAGAAAUAUUUCAUGACAUUUAAAAAGAAAAAUAAUAAUUAAAAGAAUUGUGGUGAUCGUGUUUGUUGGGUUUUGAAACGUCUUCCUGUGGAGCCUGCAACCAAAACACUGCUGCAUUGUACUAGCAUUUAAGAAACGGAAAGUGGAACUAAAUGUAGAUUAUUAAAAUAGUGUGGCUGAUUAUAAACUCUAAAGGGAAAUCAUGUAACCUCAUUUCCUUAUCUCAUCUGAGCAAAAGGCUAAAAAAAGAGGGGUGGGGAAAUACACUUUUUCGGUUUUAGUCAUCUCAAGUAUUACUAAUUGCAGAAAUAAAAUAUAUUUUUAAAUGCACUCCAGUAUGCUUGAGCGCCCUUUAAAAUGGACUCGUUAGAUGCGAAGGAGUCCGUUCUAGGUGAUUAAGGGUUAAUGGGUAAGGGUUACACAGCUCCUCUCCGCGCUGUGAAGGUACCAAACCCUUGCACAGGUCAGCUGCGCUGGAUCAGAUCAUAUCGUGUCAGUGUCCGUGUUUGCCUGUAUCUGCGAUUCCACCCUGCUUGUAAUGUGCUUGGUUAAUUGGGUAGUACUGCAUAGAGAAGAAAAGAAUAUUUUCUCAUUCUUUCCUGAUGGUAUUUUUUAGUCGUGGCUUCUAGGUUGCCUGUGUAAAAAAGAAUUGAUUGUUUCAGUCUGUUGGUAAGCGGAAUGAUAACUCCCAUCAGAGUUGGUAUAACUUGUCCUUUUUUGGCAAUCAGGCCGGAGAGCCCAAGUGCUGAAUAGGCAAUAACGCAGAGCUGUUCUCCAACCCUACAGAGAUGAUCCCACUGAGAACCCCCUCUAUUUACUCAUCUGCACUUAGAGACUGUCAGUUUUAUUCAGAUAUCUACUCAGUCUGUGAAAUACUUUUCCUUAACCUACUUUUAAUGCCUUUGAAGUAUCAUCUGCUUCACUAGUUUGAAGAGCACUAAAGCCCUCGUGCAGCCAAUAGCCACUUAAGUGUUUACUUUUAAACCCGUGAGUAGUUCCGCGAGGCACACAAGACCCACCGCUGCUAGACAGAU